GAGGGACCGGGACGCAGAUUAAUAAGCCUGGUGUGUAAUUUAAAAAAGGAAGGAGGGGGUGCAGUAUGCUUGUAUGUGUGUCACCGUGCAGAGAUAGCAGCCACACCCCGCAGAACAGCCUCCGUUACCGGGGAGAGCAACGCUAGCUCCGUUAGCUCCGGCGGCUAGGAACCGUUAGAGCUGCCGUUAACCGAUUUAUAACCAGUGAAACACAUCAGGAGAAACGGUCGUGGAAAUGGAGCCCACGUCGUGUUGACUGUCUGCCGUGAGAGGGACACACACACCGGGCUAUGCGGGAUUGAGGCUCGGCUGCUGCUAACGGUUGUUUUCGGUCCGGAGAGGAAACCAUCAAUAAGCCGCGCUCGGCUAUUCUGCUCCUUCACAGUGAAAGGAGCCAGCUGAGGUGGGUAGGACCCUCUGGGACGCCCCCCAUCAGACCCAGAACACGCCUUAGAUCUCCCAGGAGGAGCUGCAGGGCGAUGCUGGGGUGAAGGAUGUCUGGGUUUCCUCACAGUCUGAUGCCACUGUGACCUGCUCCCUGAUAAUCAGUGUUAAAAUGGACGGAUCCUCUUUAAUUUCUUUUCAGGCCCUGGCCAUGCCCUCGAGUGCACGGGCGGGCAAUCUGAAGGACCCCGAUGUGGCAGAUCUCUUCUGCAAAGAUGAUCCCGAGAAGCUGUUCGCUGACCUCCGGGAGAUCGGCCAUGGCAGCUUCGGAGCCGUUUAUUUUGCCCGAGACGUGCGCAACAACGAGGUGGUGGCGAUCAAGAAGAUGUCGUACAGCGGCAAGCAGACCAACGAGAAAUGGCAGGACAUCAUCAAAGAGGUGAAGUUCCUGCAGAAACUUCGCCACCCGAACACCAUCGAGUAUCGAGGAUGUUACCUGAAGGAGCACACGGCUUGGCUGGUGAUGGAGUACUGCCUCGGCUCGGCCUCGGACCUCCUCGAAGUUCACAAAAAGCCGCUCCAGGAAAUCGAAAUAGCUGCUAUAACCCACGGAGCACUGCAGGGAUUAGCAUAUCUUCACUCCCACAACAUGAUUCACAGGGAUGUGAAAGCAGGAAACAUCCUGCUGACGGAGCCCGGUCAGGUCAAACUGGGGGACUUUGGCUCGGCCUCCAUCGUGGCUCCGGCCAACUCCUUUGUGGGGACUCCGUACUGGAUGGCUCCGGAGGUGAUCCUGGCUAUGGACGAAGGCCAGUAUGACGGCAAAGUGGACGUCUGGUCGCUGGGCAUCACCUCCAUAGAGCUGGCGGAGAGGAAGCCUCCACUCUUCAAUAUGAAUGCUAUGAGUGCCUUAUACCACAUUGCGCAGAAUGAAAGCCCCAUCCUUCAGUCCAACCACUGGUCUGAUUCCUUCCGCAACUUUGUUGACUCUUGCCUACAGAAGAUUCCCCAGGACCGGCCUACCUCGGACGUGCUGCUGAAUCAUCGCUUCCUGUGCCGUGAGCGCCCGCUGACGGUCGUCAUGGAUCUGAUCGCACGGACCAAGGAUGCAGUGAGAGAGCUGGACAACCUGCAGUACCGCAAGAUGAAGAAGAUCCUCUUCCAGGAGACGCAGCAGAACGGGCCUGUGUCUGAGGGAGGAGAGGACGAGGAGGAGGUGGAACAGUACCUGCUGAGGACGGGCACAGUGAACAGCAUGGAGAGCUCCCAGUCUGUUCCCAGUAUGUCGAUCUCAGCGAGCUCUCAGAGCAGCUCAGUGAACAGUCUGGCCGACGCCUCCGACGACAGCAGCAGUGAGAUGGCCAUGAUGCAGGAGGGAGAGCACACGGUGACGUCCAACAGCUCCAUCAUACACAGACCCACGGGUCAGGACAACAUCUACGAUGAUCCUUACCAGCCGGAGAUGGAUCAGCCUCAGGCUCCGUCUGCCGGCCGCCGUCGAGCCUACUACCGGAACCGGGACCACUUCGCCACCAUCCGGACCGCCUCUCUGGUGACCCGUCAGAUCCAGGAGCACGAGCAGGGCUCGGCGCUGCGGGAGCAGAUGUCGGGAUACAAGCGCAUGAGGCGGCAGCACCAGAAGCAGCUGAUGGGGCUGGAGAACAAGCUGAAGGCGGAGAUGGACGAGCACCAGCUGAAACUGGACAAGGAGCUGGAGAACCAGAGGAACAGCUUCUCCACCGAGGCCGACAAGCUGGGCAAGAAGCACCAGGCCAUCCUGGAGAAAGAGACGAAGGCGGCUCUGGCAGAAGAGAAGAAGUUCCAGCAGCACAUACUGGGCCAGCAGAAGAAAGAGCUGACCAGUUUACUGGAGUCACAGAAACGCCAGUAUCGCCAGCGCAUGGAUCAGCUGAAAGAGGAGCUGAACGAGAACCAGUCGACCCCGAAGCGUGAGAAGCAGGAGUGGCUGAUCCGUCAGAAGGAGUGUUUGCAGCAGAUGCAGGCGGAGGAGGAGGCCAGUCUGCUGCGGAGGCAGCGGCAGUACUACGAGCUGCAGUGUCGCCAAUACAAGAGGAAGAUGCUGCUGGCUCGUCACAACCUGGAGCAGGAUCUGCUCAGAGAGGACUUGAACAAGAAGCAGACCCAGAAGGAUCUGGAGUGCGCCAUGCUGCUGCGGCACCACGAGUCGACCCAGGAGCUUGAGUUCAGGCAGCUGGGCUCGGUGCAGCGAACCCGGGCCGACCUGAUCCGGACGCAGCACCAGACCGAGCUGACCAAUCAGAUGGAGUACAACAAGCGGCGGGAGCAGGAGCUGCGGCAGAAACACACCAUGGAGGUCCGGCAGCAGCCCAAGAGCCUGAAGUCCAAAGAGCUGCAGAUCAAGCGUCAGUUCCAGGAAACCUGUAAGAUCCAAACCCGUCAGUACAAAGCUCUGCGUAACCACCUGCUGGAGAGCACUCCAAAAUCCGACCACAAGGCCGUCCUCAAACGCCUCAAAGAUGAGCAAACACGUAAGCUGGCCAUCCUGGCCGAGCAGUACGACCACUCCAUCAACGACAUGCUGUCCACACAGGCUCUGCGGCUGGAUGAGACGCAGGAGGCGGAGUACCAGGUGCUGAGGAUGCAGCUGCAGCAGGAGCUCGAGCUGCUCAACGCGUAUCAGAGUAAGAUCAAGAUCCACACGGACACGCAGCACGAGAGAGAGGUGAAGGACCUGGAGCAGAGGGUCUCCAUCCGCCGAGCGCUGCUGGAGCAACGGAUCGAGGAGGAGAUGCUCUCUCUGCAGAACGAGCGCUCGGAGCGGAUCCGGACGUUGCUCGAGCGUCAGGCUCACGAGAUCGAGGCCUUCGACUCGGAGAGCAUGCGUCUGGGCUUCAGCAACAUGGCGCUGACGGGCAUCCCGGCCGAGGCCUUCAACCAGGGCUACCCGACCCCCAGCCCGUCCUCGGGCUCCGGCGGCUGGCCCUCGCGGCCCGUCCCUCGCUCGGGGAGCCACUGGAGCCACAGCGUGCAGAACUCGGUGGCGACUCCGUCCUGGCGCAGUCAGAACCACGGCGGCGGAGGCUUCAGCCGGGCCGAGUCCGUCACUUCCUCCCACGGCCUCGGCAGGGACAGCGAGCUGCACAAGAGCGGCCGGGGCCACCACCCCUCCUCUUCCUCCUCCUCCUCCUCUUCCUCCCACCACCAGCAGCAGCACUACCUCCCUCAGCACUACCAACACCACCAGAGCACUCCGCACCUCUACCGAGAGAGCCACGAGCGCCACGACGGCAGGGAGCGCGAGCGGGCCCGGGAGUGGGUGGGAGGAGGGGGCCACUACUCCCAUCACUCCCAGGGCCACCACCACCAUCACCACCACCACCACCUCUCCACCCACGCCUCCUCCCAGUCCCUGGCUCUCCUUCCUCCCCCUCCUCCGCCUCCCCCCAUCUCCCUCUCCUCCUCCUCUCCUCCUUCCUCCGCCUCCUCUUCCUCGUCGUCUCAAGGAGGCUACGGAGGCGGGGGCCUCGCCGUCAGGGGCCCCACCCUGAUGGCGCUCAGGAACAGCCCCCAGCCUCUACGUAGGACGGCCUCGGGGGGCCCGGGGGCCGGCGGGAGCGACGGGGGCCUCAGCCGCAGCACGUCGGUCACUUCUCACAUUUCUAACGGCUCUCACCUGUCGUACUCGUGAGCUCGCCGCCGUCUCUCCGAACGGACCUGCUGUUGCUAUGACGACAGCAGCAGGUCGACGCUCAUCUGAGAGCAAGAGGAGGUUUUUUUUAAGAGGCUUCACAGAUCUGAAGCAGAGCGAAUCGAUCAUUUAAAACAAAACAACAACAAGCUCCUUUUUUAUUUUAAUUUUUAGAGAUUUAAAUUUGAACAUCUCCUUUCUCCAAAAAAGAAAGAGAGUAAACCUUUUUAUU